CUUCUUCUUCAUCAGAGUUCACUGGUAAGAAAUGUCGUCGCAUCAUAAUAAGACGGAUUCAGAAGUGACGAGUAGCCUGGCGCCGUCGUCGCCCAACCGGCCGGUUUACUAUGUGCAGAGCCCCUCAAGAGACUCCCAUGACGGGGAGAAGACCACCAACUCUUUCCACUCUACGCCUAUCAUCAGCCCCGCCGGGUCACCGGGCCGCCAUUCUCGCGGCUCCUCCUCCACCCGCUUCUCCGGCUCCCUCAAGCCCGGAUCCCACAAGUCCAGCAGCCGACACCACCACCGCCCCCGCAAAGAAUUCGACGCCAUUGAGGAAGAGGGCCUUCUUGACGACCACCGCCGCCACACGGGCUUCCCAAGGCGGUGCUACUACUUUCUCGCUUUCCUUGUCGGCUUCUUCCUGCUGUUCGGUUCCUUCUCCUUCAUCUUGUGGGGUGCUAGCCGGAAUCAGAAACCCCACAUUACACUCAAGAGCAUUUCGUUCGAUCAAUUUGGGAUCCACGCCGGCAUGGAUAAUUCCGGCGUUGCUACCGAGAUGGUGUCGAUGAACUCUACAGUCAAGCUUUUAUUCCGCAACACCGGCACAUUUUUCGGGGUGCAUGUGACGUCAUCGCCGUUCGAUCUCUCCUUUUCACAGAUCACCGUCGCAACCGGAGCCAUUAGGAAGUUCUAUCAAUCCCGGAAAAGUCAGAGGACGGUGACGGUGACGCUGAGAGGGAGCGGUAUUCCGUUGUACGGAGGGGGAGCCAGCCUGAGCAGCGACGACGGGAAACCGACGGCGCCGGUGCCGUUGACGCUGAGCUUCAUGGUUCGAGCCAGGGCGUAUGUACUGGGCAGGUUGGUGAAGCCACGGUUCGACAGAAGAGUGCAGUGCUCGGUGGUUAUGGAGCCCAAGAAGAUGAACGUGGCCAUAUCUUUGAGGAAAUCGUGCAAUUAUUCUUAGAAAGAAGAAAAAAAACAGGAAAGAAUAUAGGCGGUUAAUUGACGGUGGCUUUUGUUGUGUUUUCUGCCAUGGAGAAGUUUCAUGCCGACUUUGAAUUGUGGUGGGGCCGGCGUUGACCGAUGCUGCUUUGAAUUGAAUGCCCCAGUGAGAAAACACAUGAACUCUGAGAAAUUGUUUUUUUCUUGUCUUUUUUAUUUUCCCCCACAUGAAAGAUGGAGUGUUGUCACUGCCACAUUUCAUUUUGGGAGAAGAAUAAUACGGGCAAUCCCACUUAAUUUGGUUAGACUUAGUAGUGAUAAUAAUUUUCUUUUUGUCAUUCAAUUAAUAAUAUUUGUUUUUAUUAAAAAGAAUGU